UUCAGGGGUCGCCAUGGAGACGCAAAAUGGCGACCGCCGCACCGAGCAAAAGACCUGCUCCCGACUCCACUUCUAUACAGCCUGCUAAGAAGGCCCACUGGUCGCAGGGCCUCCUGUCGUCCGUGAACGACCCCAACCUCGUCGUUCUAUCCGACGACCGCAUCGUGAUCAUCAAAGACAAGUAUCCCAAGGCCCGCUACCAUUUUUUAUGCAUCCCCAAGAUUAACGUAAAGAACUUGAAGUCACUGAAAAGAGAGCAAAGUGAGCUGCUUCGGUACAUGGAGGAACACUCGAGAAUUCUUGCUGCAAAGUAUCCUCAUGUUGAAUUCAGGUAUGGCUACCAUGCAAUCCCAAGUAUGUCACAACUGCAUCUGCAUAUGAUCAGCCAGGAUUUUGACUCACCAUGUCUGAAAACCAAACGCCAUUGGAAUUCUUUCAAUACUCGGUACUUCCUUGACAGUGCGGAUGUAAUCCGCUGUUUGGAAGAACGUGGAAUGGUGGUGACGAUGACCCCCUUAGCAGGAGAGAAGUUAUUAGACCAACCCCUUAAGUGCCACAAGUGUAUAUAUUCUCCACAGAAUAUGCCCAAAUUGAAGCAGCAUCUUUAUAAACACAUAAAUAACUAAGAACUGAGUUUUGUAUCACAUUCAUUGUCUUUUUGGAGUGUGUUACUAAAGCAUAAAAGAUGUAUUGGAGCAAGACCUUGAGGAUUUGGUAAAUUCUUUUAACAAUAAGCUGCCUUAAUGAACACCUUAGAUAGAAUUAAGCUUAACCUGAAGUCCCAGUGAAUUCAUGGAUCAGCACAAAAUACACAUCAGUCGUAUGUAACAAUAAGGCUUGCAUUAAAAGAUUCUCGUCAGUGAUAAAAGAAAAUUUUAUUUGGUGUAGGAAUUUCAUAUAUGCAGUUUUAGAACAUGGGAUAUGUUCUGUUUAACACUUGAUAGUCAUAAGAACUUUAUUCACUGAAUUUGAAUCACUGAUGAUAAAAGUAUCUUGUGUGCCUAUAAAUGUCUUUUUUGUAGAUGGUUUAUUAUUUGUAUUUUCCAUUAUCUGCCACUGAUUCUCUGUGGAUUCAAUUAGUGGAAUUUUAAAGUGCCAUGAAAUAGUACUAGGUAAAUGUUAAUGAGUCAUGGUGGUAGGUAUUCUCAACUUUAUACUUUUUACUAAAGAAGAAUGCAAGUUCUUGUCUUUGGAAAGUCAGUGAUUAUACUUUUUAAAAUAUUAAUGGAUUAUGGUAGUGAUCUGACUGUUGUUUAUAGCAGUGUUUGAAGUUUUUUUUCUUACACAUGUCCCCACUGCGUGUGUGAAAUAUAAUUCUCUGAUUGAACCACAUCUCUGCACUGGAGAAGAAUUCUUAUUAUUCCUAUGCUUUACAAUUAUCCAGUGAUAUGCGAUUAUUAUGCAGUGAAAUAAUGUAUACACAAAUAGGAAAUAAAACUACAUAUAAGAAGAUGGUAUUUACAAUUUACACUAUUAUUGUUUAAUGGAUGCAACUUCUGUAUAAUAAUAAUGUACUCUCUUUUUUUGUAUACUGUAAGAUGAAUAUAGUUGAAGCAAACAAGUUUCUUAACAAUACUUCAUAGCCUCUAAUGGUUUCCAUUAUUAUGGUAAGGUAAUCUGUUCCAUCAGUAGAGUAAUAAUGUAAGCAGUAUUAUGUUUGUCCUAAUGUUGAAAAUUACUCUUGGUAUCAGGUGGACUGCAUAGACAUUUGAGCUAUGAAGCAAAAUGUAGUUAAUCUAAGAAGACUUUUUUUUUUUUUUACAAGUGGUACUUAAAUAUAGCAAUUUUAGGUUUGCAGUCAAUAAGUUUUGUAUAAUUCAAUAAAUGGUUGGCACUAGCAAGGAAAAACAGGAAGGUGAAAUUUUAUAUAUCUAUAUACAAUUUUGUAUUAUUGUGUUAUUUGGUUCUUAUUUAUGAUAUGUUAAUUGUUAUAUUGCAGAUAUGGAGUUGCUUUUGAAUAAGCUUGGAUUCUGAUAUAGCAGUAUAUAUGUCUGUUAAGCAUAAGAAAAAUUGUUUUCAUCUCUGUUACUAGCUGUAUAGGUAUUUUUUGUUAUUUUGAAUAUCUAUAUUAUUUAAUAAAAAUUAAUACUGA